AUGGCGUCCGACGGGCGCGUGGAGCGGAUCGCCUCCACCAUCCGCGUCAUCCCCGACUUCCCCAAGCCAGGAGAACUUUAUCUACUGAUAAAUGGGAGGUUAUCCGCAUGGUUACACACUGGAUCCACGAAUGGUCAUACCUACUACCGGAGGCUCAGCGUGCGCAUAUGGAUUCUGGAUGCAGCCGUCUGGAGACGGCAGCGAAUAAAACACUUAGUUGGUCGCUCUGUUUUCAAUGGGCAGCUUUGUGUACAAGAUACACUGGGCCUCCUGAGGAGCCAUACACAUGUCAGGAACUACAGCAGUCAGCUUUCAGGUCUUAUUCCAGCUGGUCCCCAAAGCUCAAAGCUGACAAGAAGGCACUAUUACUUCCCAAAUGCCUCUCCUUACCAACCCUGGAGUAGGUCAUUUGCAUCAGACAGUGGAGAAAAGUUUGAAGCUGUUGUACCUUUCAUGGGUGAAUCUGUAUCUGAUGGAACUCUUGCUACCUUCUUAAAGAAACCCGGUGACAGAGUUGAGGCUGAUGAGGCCAUAGCUCAGAUUGAAACUGAUAAGGUCACCAUUGAUGUUUCUAGUCCUGAAGCUGGUGUUCUUGAAACGUAUGGAACCCCAAACUGACCCUUAUGCAAAGUUUGUGUCUUUUGAUUAAAAGAUGUGAUUAAACUUCAAAUGUGGAUUUCCAAGGAUGAAGAACAAUGUUUAUUUGCUUAUCUGGAUGCCAGUAACAUUCUGUACCUUUUUCUACACUGGCAACGAAUUCAUGAGUUUUAUUACAGGAACAGAUUAGAGU